AUGUCUCGAACUUCCGAGCCCACCCAGGAGUAUGUUGUUGCGCGCACUGCGAAGCUAGCAGAACCAUACAACAACAAGAAUGUUGAGACUGCGCUCACGAUAAUUGUUGAUACUGGACUUGAUUACUCGGAUUACGGCAUCUAUCAUCCUCCUUUCCUUCUCCCUAGCCUUCUCCCAACCCCAAUUAACAUCAAAUCUCACGAGACUAAAGGCGUCAACGCUCUCAACAUGACUCAAGCCGCAUUCACCAUCUUCCUGAUUUCCAUCUUCGGCUCUCUUGAAUCACUCUCCCUGAAAAUCAUUGCGAUCAGCGGAAACAAAGAAUUCACGCUUGGCAAUGGGAGUGGAGUUCGUCAAAAAGUCGGGGUAAAUCUGGCUUCCAGGAUUUGGAUAAGGGGGAAGAAGGACAGAUGCAGAAGAUGA